UCUAAUCUAACACAUACCAGCAGUUACUUACUGAAGCUUUAUCUCUCAAAUAUUUUCCGAGAAAAAGAGAAACCCGGAAAAGGAAAACCCCCAAAAUGAGAGAAAUCCUGCAUAUACAAGGAGGUCAAUGUGGAAAUCAGAUUGGGGCUAAGUUCUGGGAAGUGGUUUGUGCAGAGCACGGGAUCGAUCCCACGGGUAGAUACAACGGGGACUCCGAUCUCCAACUGGAACGAGUUAAUGUCUACUACAACGAAGCGAGCUGUGGAAGAUUUGUGCCUCGUGCAGUGCUGAUGGAUCUGGAGCCAGGCACCAUGGACAGCGUCAGAUCCGGUCCGUAUGGCCAGAUUUUUCGACCGGACAACUUCGUGUUCGGCCAAUCGGGUGCGGGUAACAACUGGGCCAAGGGGCACUAUACAGAAGGGGCAGAGCUAAUUGAUUCCGUUCUCGAUGUUGUCAGGAAGGAAGCUGAAAACUGUGAUUGUCUGCAAGGGUUUCAAGUAUGCCACUCCCUUGGUGGAGGUACUGGGUCUGGAAUGGGUACGUUGCUGAUAUCAAAAAUAAGGGAAGAGUACCCAGAUAGAAUGAUGCUCACUUUCUCUGUCUUCCCCUCUCCUAAGGUCUCUGAUACUGUUGUCGAGCCCUAUAAUGCGACUCUCUCUGUUCACCAGCUUGUUGAAAACGCAGACGAGUGCAUGGUUCUUGACAACGAGGCUCUCUAUGAUAUCUGUUUCCGCACUCUUAAGCUCACCACUCCCAGUUUUGGAGACUUGAACCACCUGAUAUCAGCCACCAUGAGCGGUGUCACGUGCUGCCUUCGAUUCCCUGGUCAGCUCAACUCUGAUCUUCGCAAGCUUGCUGUUAACCUCAUCCCAUUCCCGCGACUUCACUUUUUUAUGGUUGGGUUUGCACCCCUUACAUCCCGUGGUUCCCAGCAAUACAGGGCCCUCACUGUACCAGAACUCACUCAACAAAUGUGGGAUGCCAAGAACAUGAUGUGUGCUGCUGAUCCUCGUCAUGGUCGAUACCUUACAGCAUCAGCGAUGUUCCGUGGCAAGAUGAGCACUAAAGAGGUUGAUGAGCAAAUGAUCAAUGUGCAAAACAAGAACUCAUCCUACUUUGUUGAAUGGAUCCCCAACAAUGUGAAGUCAACUGUUUGUGACAUCCCUCCAACGGGCUUGAAGAUGGCUUCCACAUUUAUUGGCAACUCUACAUCAAUCCAGGAGAUGUUCAGAAGGGUCAGUGAGCAAUUUACGGCUAUGUUCCGCAGGAAGGCUUUCUUGCACUGGUACACAGGAGAGGGCAUGGAUGAGAUGGAAUUCACAGAGGCAGAAAGCAACAUGAAUGAUUUGGUAUCUGAGUAUCAGCAAUACCAAGAUGCGACUGCUGAUGAGGAAGAGUAUGAGGAGGAAGAGGAGUACCAGGAAGAGGCUUGAAAGAAUGGGAAAUAACGGAUCAAUAUAAAACUUAAUUUGGUUGAACUUGUUGAUUUUGUUAUUUUUCUGUUUUUUGUUGAUGGAAUAUAAUAUUUGGGAGAUUUUUGGUGUGAAAAGUUGCUCUUGUAGCUGCCAUGAUUUUGUGGUUGAUUGACGAUGCUGUGUUCCUACUAGUCUUUCAGGGUUCCUUACUGAAUAGAUUUUCCCUUUUUUUUAUUCC